AUGGAUCCACCCUGCCUAGAGUCCAACCCCACUAGCCAAGGGUCUGAGCCCACGGACCUAGAUUUAGACUCUGCCGGCCAAGAUUAUUUCUCCGCCGACCAGGAAUUCGACUCUCUUUACCAAGAAUUGGACCUGGACUCCCUUAACGAAGAUCUUCUUUCCCAGGCCAUGCCAGAUGCUAUGGCAGAGACCUCUGUGAGCACGUAUGAGUCCCACCCGACUUGUGAACCAGAGUAUCUGACAGUCGCAGAGCGAAUGGAGCUCAAAUCCGAGCUCUCUAAAUUACAGGCGGAAAUCAUAGCCCUACGCCACACCCUGGCAGCCAAAGAGAGACGCUGCGGGGAGCUCCAGAGGAAGUAGGGCUUCACGGCCUUGGUGGGGCUGAGGCAGAAUCUGUCCAAGAACUGGCAUGAUGUUCAGGUCUCCAACGCCUACGAGAAACGGAAGACGUCAGCUGCCCUGUCCACCAUGGGCUCUGCCAUCUGCAGGAAGCUUGGAGACAUGAAGAAGUCGACCACAUUCAGGUCUCUUGAAGGUCUGAUGGGAACAAUCAAAUCCAGAGUCGCAGGUGGCAGACAGCUUGACAGUGACUGCCUUCCUUCUUUGGCAGGGAGUGGGGGUGAUCCGCUCCCAGUUUUGGGGAGUGGGGAUGAUCCAGGGAGGGAGUGGGAAUGA